AACUCCUUAUCACAGCAUGAGUCAGCAUAGAACUCAAGCCUGUGGGAGGACACGGGGUUAUAUAAGCCACGAAUGCAGAAACUUAGAGGCGCAGAAAACUUAACGGCAAGGCAGAUCUAGACCUAAUGGCGGCAUUGAAGGCAUGCAACAUCUUGAUCACUGGGGCCAACAGAGGCCUGGGUUUAGAGAUGGUCAAACAGCUGGCAGAGAUGCCCUGCUCCAACCGCCAGAUCUUUGCCUGUAGCCGUGAACCUGACAGCCCUAAAUCAGAGGCUCUACGGGAACUGACUAAGAAGCAUCCCAAUAUCAUCAAAACGAUCUGCCUUGAUGUCACAAACCCUGUCAGCAUCAAAGAAGCUGCCAAGAAGGUGGGUGCGCUGACGGGGAAAACUGGCCUUAACCUGCUUGUGAACAACGCUGGAUUGGCAAAAUUAGGCAGCACGCAGAACACCACUGCAGAGGAUAUGUUGGCUGUCUUCAACACCAACGUGAUGGGGCCUUUCUCUGUCACCCAGGAAUUUCUACCAUACCUGCAAACUGCAGCCAAAGCUAGUGGGACACCGGGCUUGUCCUGCAACAAAGCAGCCGUCAUCAACAUCUCCUCAUCCUUGGGCUCGAUGACAUGCUUUCAUGAAAUAUACAAUAUUAUACAGGCUUUCCCUUACUGUGUCAGCAAGGCAAGUUUGAAUAUGAUGACAGUGUUGUCUGCACACGACUGCAAGUCUGAUGGGAUCCUCUUUGCUGCCCUGCACCCAGGCUGGGUGAAAACUGACAUGGGAGGAGACCAGGCAUUGAUUGAAGCUAAGGAGAGUGUUGCGGGUAUGCUACAUGUGAUGAGCACUCUCACUGAGAAACAGACUGGAGUCUAUCUGGACUACACUGGGAAAACCAUUCCCUGGUAAACAGAGACUAGCAGUUAACUGGACCAUUUACUGGUAAACAGAGACUAACACUUAAUUGGCAAAUGCUUUUCUACUAUCACAAAAGCACAAUAUCUUGUACGCCAUCCAUUUUUGAUUAAAAAAAAAAAAAAAAAA